AUGCGGCCCUCAGAUGAAGACGUGGACUUCCACUCUAGCAUACCAGGUCCAAUGGAUAUAAUGGUGGCUGUGGUCUACUCUGUUUUCGGAGUGUGUUCACUGGUUGGCAACAGCACCCUGCUGUACGUCUCGUACAAGAAAAGGCACCUGCUGAAGCCAGCCGAGUUCUUCAUCAUCAACCUCGCCGUUAGUGACUUGGGCCUGACUCUGUCGCUCUACCCCAUGGCGAUAACCUCAAGCUUCUACCACAGGUGGCUGUUUGGGAAAACAAUGUGCUCCCUGUACGCUUUUUGCGGCAUAUUCUUUGGCAUCUGCAGCCUCACCACUCUAACCCUGCUGAGCAUGGUGUGCUUUGUGAAAGUAUGCUACCCGCACUAUGGGAACAGGUUUAACUCAGUUCACGGGCGUCUGCUCAUUGCCUGUGCUUGGCUCUACGCCCUGUUGUUUGCCUGCUGCCCGCUUGCCCACUGGGGGAAAUACGGACCGGAGCCGUACGGCACCGCCUGUUGCAUCGACUGGCGCCGUUCCAAUCAGCACUCUGCGGCCCGUUCCUAUACUGUGGUGCUGUUCAUCUUGUGCUACAUCAUUCCAUGCUGUGUGAUUGUUGCUUCUUACGCGAGCAUUCUGGUCACAGUGCACGCAUCCCGCAAGAACAUGGAGCGCCAUGUGUCGAGGCACACACACAUGAGCAGCCUCCAGACAAUUAUUGUGAAGCUUAGCGUUGCGGUCUGCAUCAGUUUCUUCGCCGCGUGGAGUCCAUACGCGGUGGUGUCGAUGUGGGCGGCCUUCGGACACAUUGAGAACAUCCCUCUUCUGGCAUUCGCCUUGCCGGCCAUGUUCGCCAAGUCCUCUACCAUCUACAACCCAAUCAUCUACCUGAUGCUGAGGCCGAAUUUCCGCAGGGUGAUGUGCAGGGAUCUGGCCACUCUGUGCAACGCCUUUCUGAAGGACUGCCUCUGCCAUCAGUGGCCAGCGAAGUGCUGCACCAAGACAGAGAUCGGUGCCAAACGUCCCUCAGUCCACAGAAAGACUCACCAAUUCCCUUCAUCCAACUCCUGUGCGCAGCCUCCUAUGGCGGCAUUGAAGGAUCACGGCUGUGAGAGGUGUAUGGAUGCUUUUGAAUGCUUCAGACACUACCCUCAAAAGUGCAGCAUCGCUAACUUCGCUGCCAACGGGGACCCAUGUAGGGAUCAAGACACUCCACUUCACCGAGCACACGAGCAGAAGACUCAAGGCGUGUGCCACAAGAAGUCUCUGCUGGCCAUCAUGUGUGCAAAAAGGACUUCAGAAAUAGACAAUUUCCAAAUCAAUUUGGAGAUGGUUCCAGGGCAUGCCAAAGUGGCUUGGCCCUGAUGUUUGACCUUAAUUCAAAAUGUUUACAGGUAAUCUCUGGGCAGGUUGUGUUCUUUCAGGUGUGGAAUUACUUCAUAUUUUCAGGGAAUCUAUUUAGCAAUGCUAAAUGCUUCUUGAGUGUUUUGACAGAAGCAAAGAAACGUAUUUAAUUUUGGUCUGUACUUUUUUUUAGCUGAUUUACAUGACAUUACAUUACAUGUCAUUUAGCUGACGCUUUUAUCCAAAGCGACUUAAAAGAAGUGCAUUUCAACCAUGAGGAUACAAACUCAGAAGAGAAAGAAACAAGAAAGUGCAAUUUCAUCUAAUAAGACGAUUUACAACUUGUUAUAGAUAGGAGCCAUUAUAAGUACAAUUUAAGUGCUACAAUUCGUUAGUGUUUUUAGUGGAAGUAUAGUCUGAAGAGGGGUGUCUUUAGUUUAAAGAUGUAAAGGCUCUCUGUGGUCCUGAUGUCAUCAGAGAGCUCGUUCCACCAUUAAGGAGCCAGGACAAAAAAGAAAAGCCACUGGUAACCAGUGAAGAGAGCGACGGGUGGAGUAGUGAGGGAAAAUUUAGGAAGGUUAAAGACCUUAAAGACAUUCUGGAUGAGCUGCAGAGGUGGAAUGGCGGUAGCCAGGAGAGAGUUACAAUCGUCAAGGCGGGAGAUGACAAUAUCAGUAUUUCUCCAUAUCCAGAAUAUUAAUGAAUCACAACUAAAGCAGAACUACUCCGCUUAGGAUUGUUUAUGAAUGUGGUCUGAUGAGAUAUGAUUAAAUAAUCAAACAAUCCAACAAAUAUUAUCAGACACACUGGGUUCCUCUGGCAGAAACUAAUGUAUUCAUGGGGAUUGUGACAAGAGUCAAAUUCUCUGUCAACCAUCUUUUUAAGACGAAAAAAAGCUUAUAUGAGGAAACCUGAAGUGCAAAAAGGGGUAAAACUGUAGAAUUCUAGAAGAACUCUAAAAUCUAGAAAAUAAGCACACAAUGUGUUCAAUCUAUAUCAUGUCCCAACUCAUCAGCUGCUAGCGUUGCCUUAAUGAAGCCCAGGUGAGGCCCCAGGGGACCAGUGGGUGGACUGGGAACAGUGGGAGCGUGACAGCCACUGAUGACUAGCGACUAAUGACGGAGUCAUUGAUACUACUCGUCGUGAAAGUGGUGUACUGUGGCAUGUUUUUGGUGAUUUCCGUGGUCAGGACGGUCGUCUGGUUAUGCACCAGCAUACGUGUGAGAGUCGUCUCAUUAGAAGAGCUGUGGUCCUCCACUAUACCAGCGUGUAUGGUUUGCACUUGACACGUACAGGUAUGUGGUUCAUGAUGCUUGAUCAAUUAUGUGUCUGCACACUGUGUAGAACACAACGCUGCUACAUAUGAUUAUUAUUAUUAUUAUACUGCACGAUAUGUUUGUCAAACUGUUUGAAUUCUGUAUGUGUACAAUGACAGUGUUUGUGUCUUUCCUUUGUCUGCUAAACCAUGUUGCAUAUUGUAUAUGAGAGAAAGGGAAGAAAGACACAUCACACAAACGAUCUAAAAUAUGCAGCUGUAGAUAAAUCCAUCAGAGGAGAAAGACCAUCAAGUUCCUGUAACCCGUAUUUUCUGGGGCAUGGUUCCAUUGUGUGGAUUAAACAUGAUUGUGUUGGGAUUCGGCCAAUCCCUUUAGGGCCCAAACCAUUAAAGAAGAAACUGCCGUUUCCGUGUCACGGCCACUCAAAGAAAGAUCAAACUUCAUUAACUGUUAUCCACUGUUAUCUAAUCUAAUUUUGUUUGGAAUAUUCUCGUUCUGAUUCUUAAUGACCUGUCACGUCAUAGGGCUCAUGCGAGCUGUUUUUAACUUAAUUAGAUUUAAUUUAAUGCCUCA